UACCAAUUUUCUCACCUAAAAAAAGUCAAACUGUGGACUUGGCGCCAUUAGAAUCUUUACAAGAGUGCACACAACACCUCAUUUUAACUGGUACCUACUUUUUUUUUUACAGUUGAUUAGUCCAACUUGUCCAUCUUAUGUUAAAUUAGUCUAUAAAACCUCUCCAAGGCCAAACCCCUUCUGCAUUGGGGACUGCAAGUGCAAGCUUUCUUCUCAUCUCUCAAAGCUUUAGUCUCCAUCAAAAGGGACAAGAAAAUAUUGCCCUAUUCUGCAUUCUCCUCAUAUACCAGAACCACAUGCCCCUCCACUACUCCCUCCAAAAUUGGGCAUAUAUAUAUCAACUCAGAACACACUCUUCUGUAAACUGUCUUCCUCUUCCCAUAUCCAACCACCAUUUGAAAUAAAAUAUAUCUACAAAGAAAAGUUCGGUUUUUGCUUCGAUUCAAGAAUUGCGUGUUUUCUUGAUCUGGGCAGUUCAAGAAACCAUCAAAGAUGAUAACUUUAUCAGAUUUCUAUCAUGUCAUGACAGCAGUGGUUCCACUGUAUGUAGCUAUGAUACUAGCCUAUGGGUCAGUCAAGUGGUGGAAGAUCUUCACCCCAGACCAGUGUUCAGGGAUCAACCGCUUUGUUGCCCUUUUUGCAGUCCCACUCCUGUCUUUUCACUUCAUAGCCUCCAAUGAUCCAUAUUCCAUGAACUUGAGGUUCAUUCUGGCAGACACACUGCAGAAGCUGAUUGUUCUUGCUCUGGUUGCUGUGUGGGCAAAUCUGAGCAAGAGUGGGAGCUUGGAGUGGAGUAUAACCAUGUUUUCUCUAUCAACUCUGCCAAACACACUUGUGAUGGGAAUCCCUUUGCUGAAAGGAAUGUAUGGUGCUUUCUCUGGGAGUUUGAUGGUUCAGAUAGUUGUACUCCAGUGCAUCAUUUGGUACACCUUGAUGCUGUUCUUGUUUGAGUUCAGAGGUGCAAGGGUGUUGAUCUCUGAGCAGUUCCCAGACACUGCAGGGACCAUUGUCUCCAUCCAUGUUGACUCAGAUGUGAUGUCUCUGGAUGGAAGGCAGCCAUUGGAGACUGAUGCAGAGGUGAAAGAGGAUGGGAUGCUCCAUGUCACUGUGAGGAAAUCCAGUGCCUCAAGGUCAGAUAUCUUCUCAAAAAGGUCUCUUGGGGGAAUUUCAUCGAACACCCCAAGGGCAUCGAACCUCACCAACGCAGAGAUUUACUCUCUCCAAUCCUCAAUCAACCCAACCCCCAGAGGGUCCAGUUUCAACCACACAGAUUUCUACUCAAUGGUGGCCGGUGGAAGAAGCUCAAAUUUUGGGCCAAAUGAAGCAUAUGGAAUCUCAUCAGCCUCCAGAGGCCCAACUCCAAGGCCAUCAAAUUAUGAAGAAGAGAGUGGAAAACCAAGACUCCAUUACCAUGGAGCUCAAGGCACUAAUAACAAUAACCAUAACACCCAAUACCCAGCUCCUAACACAAACAAGAAACCAAAUGGACAGCAAAACAUCAAAGGAGAAGACGCAGGAAGAGGGGAUCUUCACAUGUUCGUCUGGAGCUCAAGUGCCUCCCCUGUUUCAGAUCAGGCUGGGAAAGAUACCAGAGCCACUCCAGCUCCAGGAAAAGGUGAUGGGCAUGCCAAGAAUGGGGAGAACUUCACGGACAGGGAGGACAUCUGCUUCGGGAACAGAGACGUGGAGAUGAACAAGGAUGGAGAUGAGAAGAAGAUGAAGGCGGCGGCCAUGCCCCCAACAAGUGUCAUGACAAGGCUGAUACUAAUAAUGGUGUGGAGAAAACUCAUCAGAAACCCAAACACUUAUUCCAGCUUGCUUGGCCUUACCUGGUCCUUAAUCUGUUUUAGGUGGAAGAAUGUGAAGAUGCCAGAUAUAAUAGCACACUCCAUAUCCAUAAUGUCUGAUGCUGGGCUUGGAAUGGCUAUGUUCAGUCUUGGAUUGUUCAUGGCAUUGCAACCAAGACUGAUAGCAUGUGGGAAUUCAGUAGCAGCUUUGGCCAUGGCCGUGAGGUUUCUCGCUGGCCCCGCCGUCAUGGCCGCCGCUUCCUUUGCCGUUGGCCUCCGCGGCGUCCUCUUCCACGUCGCCAUUGUUCAGGCAGCACUACCACAAGGAAUUGUCCCCUUUGUCUUCGCCAAAGAGUACAACGUACACCCUGAUAUUCUUAGCACUGGGGUCAUAUUUGGCAUGUUAAUUGCGCUGCCAAUAACACUCGUCUACUACAUUUUGUUGGGAUUGUGAAGGGGAGAUUUUCGCUAUUAUUAUUGAACUCACAAGAAUGACGAGAGAAAGGAAAAUGCUAUAUGUAAAAUGUCCCUUGUGCCCCUCAUCAAUGCAUGAUAUGGUAUAUACAUUAUAUUGCUGUAUUAUAUUUGAUCGAUAGGUAGUUGUAGA